CCACCGGGCUCGGGCUGGCUGCUAUAAAAGGAGCGCGUGCCGGGCUCUCUGGACAGGAGAACGCACGAGACCGCAGAAGAAGAAGAAGAAGAAGAAGUUGUUGCAGAGGCGGAGCGCGCGCACAGCUUUGAAGAUAGUUGGCUGGAUCCCGCCACGGCGUUUUGACGCACGCACGCACGCGCGCGCGCGCUAUGGCCUACUGUUGAGCUCAGUGAAGAAGCAGUGCGCGCUCAGAACAGCUGCGGCUCCGGGCUCGAACCUUAGGCUAAGUUUUCGUUUCGGAGUCGGUUAUCUGAACAGAACAGUGAGUGUAGCUGAGUCCCGCGGCGUCGCCAUGAUGAAGGUCCUGCUCCUCCCGGUGCUAAUGGCUCUUCUCGCCGUCGGCCAAGUUUUUGGCGAGGAAAACGACAUAAAAGAAGAUGCUGACUACUGGACGAGCAGUAAUCAAAUUCAGGAUGGCUGGCUUGCCAACGACCCCUUCAGAGAAGUCCUGCUGAGGAUGACGCGAAAGCCGCGGCCGCAUCAGUUCAUCGGUCUGAUGGGCAAACGCUCCAUGGCAAAUCCACAGAUCACCCGCAAAAGGCAUAAAGUCAACUCUUUUGUUGGACUGAUGGGGAAAAGAAGCCAAGAGGAGCCAGAGUCCUAUGACUGGAGCACAAUACAGACGUACGACAAGCGCCGCUGAACAGUCAGGCCCCCCCCC